CUUCUAUGCUAUAAUAACCUACCAAACUAAACCUCUGCUACACUCUAUCACCCUAACCUCUCCGCUCUAGUUCCAUCACUUCUCAGCAAGAAAAAAAAAAUAGUGAAGUCGUAACUUUUGGAUAUAUCAGGCAGAAGGGGGGGUGUCAAAGGCACAAUGCAAAGUUCAGGGUCAUUGUUGAAGCAGUUGAGUGUGAAGGAGGCUUGGAAAUCAACAUCAAAUAGGUGGAGUGGGAAGGACAAGUGUAGCAGUGUUGGGGGAGGGGGCUUUGAGGGGUGUGAGGCAAGUCUGAGCCAAAUGGAAGGUUUUGCCAUGUAUGGGAGUGAGGACAAUGGAAUGAUGGGGAAGAAGAGAGUGAUGGUGGUGGUGGAUCACACUUCACAUUCCAAGCAUGCAAUGAAGUGGGCACUCACCCAUGUAGCUAAUAAGGGUGAUUUGCUCACUUUGCUUCAUGUUGUCCCACCUCAUAGGGGUUCUGAAUCUUCUUGUUCUAACUAUCUUGUCAAUUAUCUUGGUUCUCUUUGCAAAGAUUGCAAGCCAGAGGUGGAAGUGGAAGCACUUGUAAUUCAAGGACCAAAACUUGCCACAGUGAUGAGCCAAGUGAAGAAGCUGGAGGUUUCUGUCUUGGUAUUGGGCCAAAAGAAGCCCUCUCCUCUUCUUAGCUGCCUGUGUGGAAGCAACAGUAACAGCAGCUCAGAGGAGUUUGCUGAGCACUGCAUCAACAACGCAGAAUGCUUGACAAUAGGAGUGAGGAAGAGAAGUCAAGGCAACAAUGGCUACCUUAUCAGCACAAGGUGGCAGAAGAACUUCUGGCUACUGGCUUAGAUCUUGAGUUCUUGACUUAAGUUGCUAGCUAUAGUUAGGAUCCCACAAAAAGGGACAAAUGGGAAAAUUAACACAAUAAUUUGUACCUUCGGUUCUAGUUCUAACUUCAUUCUCAUUGUAAUGA